AUAUAUUUUUUUUUCUAAUUUUGAAACCUACGGAAUUAAUAUUGAAAAAUUGAAAAUUUUCAAUUAAAUUCCUCAAAAUGAAUUAUAAAUUUCUUACAUUUUUUUUACUAUUCUGCGUCAUGUUUAUAACGGAAUUUGUCCAAUCAAAUGGAAAUAAUCGAGAACGAAUUUGUAGACUACCACUAGUGACUGGACCUUGUGAAGCAUUGAUUCGACGAUAUGGUUACGUUCCUUCAGUAAGAGCAUGUCAACAAUUUAUUUAUGGUGGAUGUGAUGGGAAUGCAAAUAAUUUUAGAACAAAAAAUGAGUGUGAAAGAUUUUGUCGAGAUGUAAACUAACUUUAUACAAUCAACUUCAAAAUGUCUUUAAAAUAAUUUACCUCUUUUAAAUCUUCAAUUGUUGUAAAAAUAAAAAACCUAAAAUACAAUGCUAUAAUAUAAUAAUAAUAAUAAAUAAUAGUAAAU